AAACGGUGUCGUUGCGUGGGAUGCAUAGAUAAUCCUCACCGGCACGGGCAAUCAUUUUCAUUAUUAUUGGGUUUGCUGCGGAGCUCGCUCACUCACCCGUUCCUCUUUACAAAUCUUCGUCUUCAAUUCUUUAGGAUAGAAGGGUUAGGGUUUAUUCCGAUUUUGUACUUCCAUGGAUAAGUUCGAUAGGCAUAGAGGCGGCGAUAGAUACAGCAACAGCAGCGAAGACCCCCAUCACUAUAAUUCAAGCGGCAGGCACUCCCGCGGGGGCGCCCCUCCGUUCCACCACCACCGCCAGGACAAUUACCGAGGUGGGGAAGGAGGGCGCAACAGUCCCCGUAGCUAUCGCAGCGGAUUCUCGGGUAGCGGUGGUGGAAGGGAAAACCACAGGCCUUUUGAUAGUCCCCCGAGCUACCCUCCGCCACCUGGUGGUGAUGGAGGCGGAGGGUUGAGACCAAUUGGUGAUGGAAUGGGAGGGUUUCGACCCACGGUUGGUGGGGAGGCGUUUGGACCGGUGGGAGGCAGUGGUGGAAGAGGGUUUCGAGGUGGAGGGGGGCUUCGACCGAUGGGUGGUGAUGGAUUUCCGGCGAUGGGUGCUGGAGUUAGGGAUGGAGGAGGGUUUAGGCCAUCAGGCGGCGGCGGUGAUGGUGGAGGGUUUCUGCCAUUGGGUGGCGGAGGCGGUGAUGGUGGAGGGUUUGGCCGGAUUGGUGGUGGAGGCAGGGAGGGUGGAGGAUAUCGACCGAUGAGCGGUACUGGCAGUGAUGGUGGACGGUUUGGUUUGGAUAAUUACCACAUGCCACCACCUCCUCUGACAGGCCAGAAGCGAGGGUACCCUUUCUCCAGUAGAGAAAGAUCCCCAGACAGAGAAGGAGCUAGUUUUGCCAAACUUUUUGUUGGAUCUGUACCAAGGACAGCAACUGAAGAAGAUAUACGACCCCUAUUUGACAAACAUGGACGCGUUCUAGAAGUUGCUUUGAUCAAGGAUAAGAGAACUGGACAACAACAAGGAUGCUGUUUCAUUAAGUAUGCUUCUUCUGAAGAGGCUGAUAGAGCCAUUAGAGCACUGCAUAACCAGUAUACAUUACCAGGGGGAGUGGGUCCUAUCCAAGUCAGAUAUGCGGAUGGAGAGCGAGAACGACUUGGUGCAACUGAAUACAAGUUGUUUGUUGGGUCAUUGAACAAACAAGCAACUGAGAAGGAGGUUGAAGAAAUUUUCUCCCCUUAUGGUAGAGUUGAAGAUGUCUAUCUUAUGCGUGAUGAAAUGAAGCAGAGCCGUGGAUGUGGAUUUGUCAAGUACUCUCAAAGAGAGAUGGCACAAGCAGCCAUAAAUGCACUUAAUGGAACAUAUACUAUGAGAGGUUGUGAUCAGCCAUUAACUGUUAGAUUUGCUGAUCCUAAAAGGCCCAGGCCUGGGGAGUCGAGUAGAGGGGGUCCCACUUUUGGUGGACCUGGUUUCGGUCCUCGUUUUUCUGCCCCUGGGAUCAGGUCAGUGCCAGAUCGUGGUAUGCCACUUAGUGGCCCCAUUCCUUCUAAUUCCUGGCCUCCGGUGAGCCCGCAAAACCUAGGGCCGGAUUCUCAUGUUGGCAAUCAUGGUUUUGGUAGUCAGUUUCCUGCUCGAUCUGGACAUAUGGCUGUCUCCUCAGCUCCAGGUCCUAUUGGAGGCCUUCCUGGCAAUGCUGAUGGUUCACUUCCUGGACCUACUGUUUCUUCUGCUACUAUUUCACAGCUGGGGUCACACAUACAACCUGGUCAAGUGCAGACACCUUACGCUGCUAGCCAAGCUCCUUAUAGUCAGACUCCACUGUCACAGUUACCAGGACAGAAUGGUCAGCUGUCGGUUCCCCAGACUCAAGUGCAGCAUAAUGCAUCAACUGCUCCUGGACAAGGUCCUGGGAUGGCAAAUCAACAACCCCCUGCUCAGCAGCUUCAACCUCUUUCCCAAUCACCAUCACAGUUGGCUCAAAUGCUGUCACAACAGAAACAAACACUACAGGCUACAUUCCAGUCAUCACAACAAGCCUUAAAUCAGCUGCAACAGCAGAUGCAGCAGCUACAACCAGCAAAUCAGAAUUUAGCAGCUCAACAGGGUCCACUAGCUGCUAAACAGCAGUCUCCUUGGGCUGGAACUUUGUCACAGCCUAUAGCCAAUACCCCUGGGAUGCAGCCAGCAGGAGAUUUAGCUAGUACUACUUCUGCCUCACCCACUGCCCAAGCCAUGGGUCCUGCUGUUGCUCCGGUUAACUGUAAUUGGACUGAGCAUAUGUCUCCUGAUGGAUACAAGUACUACUAUAACAGCUUGACUGGUGAAAGCAAGUGGGAGAAACCUGAAGAGUUGACACUAUAUGAACGGCAUCAGCAACAGCAACAACAGAAGCCGCUUAACCAACAUUCCCAAGUUCAGUCUCACCCACCAGGACCAUCCAUACAACAGACUCCUCAGAUGCAAAUACACCCUCAAGUUCCACAUCAUGCACAGCUUCACAACCAGACCAAGCCAUUGCAGCAGACAUCUCAAUCUUCGUAUCAGGUUCCUGGACUUUCUGCCAAACAAGGUGCUAAGGAACUUGGCUAUGCACAAAUACCUGCAGGCACUGGUUCGGUUAAUGAUCCAGCUCGAUAUCAGCAGGGUGUCCAGGCAUCUCAGGAAUGGAUGUGGAAGACUAAAAAUUCAGGAACCUGAUCCAGAUUAGCCAAUAGAAGUUACUUGCUGCAUUCAAGCGGGUAAGCUAAAGUACAUUGAGAGAUGGAGUUGGGAAAGAAGAGAGUGAUCAAGUUCCGGACAUAAGCAGAUUCAUUCUGGACCUUUUCUCAGUGUUGGCUUCGUGGUUAUGGGAUGUGCUGCCAUUAAAGAAUUCUAGUGUUACAUGAUCUAAUGUUAUAAACUCAGAGCUUUUCUCUUUUAGGUUACUAGGAGUGGUGCUGUUGUAUUUGCUCUCAGCUCUGGAUUUACUUAUCUUGAUAUACAGAUGGGUUAAUAGUAGAUUCUGAGCUAGCAAUGGAUAUUCUUUAUAUUCAAGAGGAACUUGAUGGUAUGGGUAGAGACAGACUAAGCUCCUGCUGGAUAGGGUAUUUAGCAGGUAGUGGAAGCAUAAUUUGAACACUUGCCCCUGGAACAAGGUUGAGGCCUUUGACGGACAAUAGCUCUGUAAACUGCACCACUGCGUCUUGUAUCAUACCAGUUUAGGCUGAGGUGAAUGACGUAUGUACCAAUGUGGUUUGUUCAUGAUAUCUCAUUGCAUGAAUGACAUAAGGCAUGAAAAUCCAGGAGCGCAUGCUGGAACACUUGGUUGUUCUUUA